GCCCCCGCAGGGGAGGGCAGGCCCCGCCCCUCGCCGGGAAGCCGCACGCGCGGGCGCGCGUGCGUCCCGUAUUGCGCGCUCGGCGGCGCGUGGGACGUGUCCGCUACCCACAAUGCCUGGCGGCGGGGGCGCGGCCGAGGGCGCCGCGGAGCAGGCAGCUCAACAUGAACUUUAACUGUCAAGAUCAUUUAAAAAGUGGACAGAACAAUAUUUUUCCUUCUGAGACCUGGCUUCAGGAUUCCAAGUUUCUCCUACAGUGCUGUCCCUUUUCCUGAAACAGGACAUGGAGCUGUGUUCCUUUCUUCACAUUAGGUGCUAAUGAAAUUAUUUGCUUCAUAAGAGGAAAUGCAGAUCCAUGAAAUUACAUUUUGUGCAAGUUGUUGUUAACUCUGUUGGCAAUGUCUAUGAUUUUAUCUGCUUCUGUGGUCCGUGUGAGGGAUGGACUCCCGCUGUCUGCAUCUACGGAUUAUGAACAGAGCACAGGAAUGCAAGAAUGUAGAAAAUAUUUUAAAAUGCUCUCAAAGAAACUUUCUCAGCUUCCUGAUAGAUGUACUCUGAAAACUGGGAAGUAUAACAUAAACUUUAUAAGUUCUCUGGGAGUAAGCUAUAUGAUGUUGUGCACUGAAAAUUAUCCCAGUGUCCUGGCAUUCUGCUUCCUGGAUGAGCUUCAGAAAGAAUUCAUCACUACCUACAACAUGAUGAAGACAAAUACUGCUGUCAGGCCAUACUGUUUUAUAGAGUUUGAUAAUUUCAUUCAGAGGACCAAACAGAGAUAUAACAACACACGUUCUUUGUCAACAAAGAUGAAUCUUGCUGACAUGCAGACAGAAAUCAAACUGAGACCACCUUAUCAAAUUUCCGUGUCAGAGCUUGGUUCAACUAAUGGGUUCGCACAUUUAUCUGUGGUGGAAUAUAAGGGUACUGGUAAAAUAUCUACAGCUCCUCAUCAGCGUCUGGAACCUGUGACUUUGCCAGGGAUCAUCUCAUUUGUACUUAGUCUGUUAUGUGGGGCUUUGAAUUUAAUUCGUGGCUUUCACGCCAUAGAAAGUCUUCUCCAGAAUGAAGGUGAAGAUUUCAGCUAUGUUAUUGCAUUUUUUCUUGGAACAGCAGCCUGUUUGUACCAGUGUUACCUGUUUGUCUACUACACGGGCUGGAGGAAUGCCAAAUCCUUCCUGACUUUUGGGUUAAUUUGUCUGUGUAACAUGUAUCUGUAUGAACUGCGCAACCUGUGGCAGCUUUUCUUUCAUGUGACUGUGGGAGCGUUUUCUACCUUACAAAUUCGACUGCGACACCCACAGGGAAAGUCCCCUGAUUACAAUGUCUAAGUCCUGGAACAGUUAGAGGCAGUCUUGUUCCAACAGUUAUUCACUCUCAGGAAUGUAAAGCUGUUCUCCAAAGGAAGAAGCUGUCUGGAUGGGGCUGGUUGGUUGGCUGGUUGUUUUUUAAAUAAAGAAAUUAAGAUGCCUGUGGACAUUUUUCACUUGAUAGUUAAACUUUUUUUUGAAGAAGAAGAAGGAGGAAACAGAAGAAUAGGGGACUGGAGGAGGAAAAUGUAUCCUAUCCAUGCAGUGAAAUGUAUGUAGGGACACCAAGAUUUGGGAAUUUGACUGGUGGCAUAAAAAAAGCUUCAUUUGAAAAUAUGUUAAUGGAAGGAAUGUACAGAUUAUGUGUUCUGCAUAUCAUGCAAACUCUUCACUUCCAAAAUUGAUUUUGCCUUUGUGAGGCAGUAGGGGUAGGCUAAAUAAAUAAUUAUUAAUAGUAAUAAUAAUAAUGCUAUUGCAUAUUAGCAAACUAGAUUUGCGAUAUGUAAGAUUAAAAUUUGGAAUGUUUGUUUCACAUUGACAUAUAUGUGAAUGUUUUCUUAAUUAAAAUGUAACCUGGAAACAGUGUUUCUAGGGAUCAGCUUUAUGGCACCUGGGGCCCCCUGUUUAGUGCUAUAGAAACUUUGAUGUUUUUUUUUUUUUUCUGCCACUUAACCCAGGAUUUUUGCACGCUUCCUCUGUUUAAACUCUGGAAAGGUUGAAAGGAAAUGGACUGGUGAGUAAAUGAAGUGACUCGUACUUGUUGGACUAUUGUUCUUCUUUUUAUAUAAUUUUAGAAAUGGGUGAGUAAUUAGCUCAAGCCUGAGAUAAACAAGUGAUGACAGGAAAAUAAUAAAUCAGUCUUAUUAGCUGAUACAAGAGGGGACCAGGGAUUUUGUUUAUUCUCCUGACUUUAUGAGUGCGGGUAUAGAACUUCUGAUCUAGACCUGUGUUUGAGAGAAUUGUUGUAUACACCUGAAGCCUGUGAAUCAGCUAACAAACCCCAAACACCUAGAAUAGCAGCCGUAUAGUAUCACCGUCAGUUACACUCUGUUAUUUUACAAUUAUAUGACAGUUAUUUAUGAUUGUUCAUAUUGUACAAAUAGAUACAUAUAGGUAGAUUUUUAUAUGUGACC